AUACUGUGUUUUGAUUUUGCUGUUUCUGUGGUUGUUUUUUUUUUUCCUGCAUCGAUUGAUUAAAAGGAGAAAAAAGUCUUUGUUGUCCUAACCAUAAUACGUUGCAAUGAAUUAUUGAGUGUCUUGUCUGGAUAUUCCUGCCAAGCUUAUGCAAUCAUUUUGGUUUUCCAAAGGGAUGCUCUGAUAACGAACUUUUUCUUGAGGUGAUCUCCAGAAUUGGAACACUCCUGAGAAAAAGGAAGAUCAUUGAUUGCUGUGAAAGUAGGAUUUGGUUCAUCUGGGUUGAGGAGCCAUUAGUUUGUGCUGGGAAGAUGAAUAAAGAAGAUGAUGUGAACCGUGGUGAUUAUGAGCAUGACAUAGAAAUUGAAGGUCUGUUGGAUGGGUAUGAGGAAAAUAGAAGGUACUGGUCUGGGUUAUCUGACAGAAGCAUGUCUCAUACAAAGCCACUUCUUGUGAAGAGGACCAACACCACCUCACAGAUCGCUAUAGUUGGUUCCAACCUAAGCCCUAUUGAAAGCCUUGACUAUGAGAUUUUUUAUAAUGAUAUAUUGAAGCAUGACUGGAGGUCCAGACAGAAGCAUCAGCAGAUCCAAUAUACUGUGCUUAAGUGGGGAUUUGCUCUUCUUAUUGGAUUAGGCACUGGAUUGGUUGGCUUCUUUAACAGUUUUGCAGUGGAGAACAUAUCUGGUUUCAAGCUGCUUCUCACCACCACUCUCAUGACUAAAAACAGAUAUCUUGAGGCAUUUUUAGCAUAUGCUGGUGUGAAUAUAUGUUUAGCAGCCGCAGCUGCUGCACUUUGUGCUUUCAUUGCUCCAGCAGCGGCAGGCUCUGGCAUUCCAGAGGUAAAAGCAUAUCUCAAUGGCGUGGAUGCUCACUAUAUAUUGGCUCCCAGCACCCUUUUGGUAAAAAUAUUUGGUUCCAUCCUUGGAGUUUCUGCUGGAUUUGUGGUGGGCAAAGAGGGACCUAUGGUACAUACAGGUGCUUGCAUAGCUUCUUUAUUGGGACAGGGUGGAUCUCGCAAGUAUCACUUGACUUGCAGUUGGCUUAGAUUUUUCAAAAACGACCGAGACCGGCGAGACAUGAUUACUUGUGGUGCAGCUGCUGGUGUUGCUGCUGCCUUUCGUGCACCAGUAGGUGGUGUCCUCUUUGCCCUUGAAGAGGCAGCUUCAUGGUGGCGGAGUGCACUUCUUUGGAGGACGUUCUUCACAACUGCAGUAGUUGCUGUUGUUUUAAGAGUUGCAAUUCAGUUUUGUGCCACAGGAAAAUGUGGGCUAUUUGGUGCAGGUGGUUUGAUAUUGUAUGAUGUUGGUUCAGCCAAUAUAACAUAUAGUGCUAGCGAUAUAUUUGCAGUACUACUUUUGGGAGCCGUUGGUGGAAUUCUCGGAAGCAUAUAUAAUUACCUUGUGGAUAAGGUUGUUCGAACAUAUAGCAUCAUCAAUGAAAAAGGUCCAGCUUUCAAAAUCUCUCUUGUUGUGACAAUUGCUCUUCUGACAUCAUGUUGCUUUUAUUUCUUGCCAUGGGUUGCACACUGCAUUCCCUGUCCUUCUAGUUCAACAUUGGCCUGUCCCUCUGUUGAUGAGUCCGGAGAAUAUCAAAACUUUCAGUGCCCUCCAGGAUACUACAAUGAUCUUGCUUCCCUCUUUCUGAACACCAAUGAUGAUGCUAUUCGCAAUCUACUCAGCCCCAAGAUAACCAAAGAGUUUCAUAUUUCCAGUUUGUUUAUCUACUUUGCUACUAUUUACUGUCUUGGGAUAAUCACUUAUGGUAUUGCCAUUCCAUCCGGGCUCUUCAUUCCUGUGAUACUUGCGGGUGCUACCUACGGCCGUCUUGUUAGCCGGAUCUUUGAACCGAUCACCGGACUUGACAGAGGACUCUUUGCCCUACUUGGAGCUGCUUCCUUCCUUGGUGGCACUAUGAGAAUGACAGUUUCUAUUUGUGUCAUAUUGCUUGAGCUCACUAAUGACCUCUUGUUACUUCCACUAGUGAUGUUGGUCUUAUUAGUCUCAAAAACUGUGGCUGACAGCUUCAACAAGGGUGUCUAUGAUCUAAUACUUCAGAUCAAAGGACUUCCUUAUUUGGAGGCUCAUGCAGAACCUUACAUGAAGAAUUUAGUGGCACGUGAUGUUGUUUCAGGUCCAUUGAUUACCUUUUCUGGCAUUGAAAAGGUGGGCAUUAUAUGGCAUGCUUUGAAUGCUACAGGGCACAAUGGAUUUCCUGUCAUUGAUGAACCACCUUUAACAGAGGCACCAGAAUUAUGUGGGGUUGUACUGAGGUCUCAUUUACUGGUUAUGCUGAAGGAGAAGAUUUUCUCAAAUGAUAAGGAUUUCAUAAAUCAAAGUAGCUUCCAAAGAAUUUCUACUUUAGAUUUUGGAAAAGCAGGAUCAGGAAAGGGUAUCAAACUAGAGGAUAUUGAUAUUGAUGAGGAAGAGAUGGAUAUGUAUGUUGAUCUCCAUCCCAUAACUAAUGCAUCUCCUUACACUGUUGUUGAGACAAUGCCACUUGCCAAAGCUGCUAUUAUUUUCCGCCAACAUGGACUCAGGCACAUGUGUGUUGUUCCCAAGAGCCAAGGGAGACCUCCAGUUGUUGGGAUUCUAACACGCCAUGAUUUUAUGCCAGAGCAUGUUUUGGGACUUUACCCUCACAUCAAGUCUCGCAAACAGCAUUUAGGGAUAUCAGUGAAAAAUAUUAUUUCUUCAGUAUUGGAGUGCUGCAUUCAUUAGUUGAUCAAAGUUUUCACAUACAGUGAAGUGCAAUAAUGAUUCACAAAAAACAUUUGAAGCAGAUAUGCUACUUGAGAUGUGGCUGCUGCAUAGUUUUGGUGCUUGAUUUAGCAAAUGUGUCUAUAUAUUAAUUCUUCAUCUCUGUUUCAUGAAGUGAGCUUGACACUUGCAUAUAAAGAUAUACUAUGAAACAGAGUUGCAGAAUACAGUGGACAGUGAUCUCUUGUACAUGUUGCUUGGGUUGGAUUCUUUUGAUAAAGUUAUUUGUAUGAUAUUGUUAAUGUUAAAAUUAUAUUUGUCUCUAA